GGCAGAGUGUGAUUGUCGCCGCACCUUCGGGGCUUUGGGGAUCGCCUCCCUAGGCGCUGGCCUAGGCCCAUGUCCACCUCCCCUUGUCCUCCCCAGCCGCACAGCCGACCUUUGCCCCAGGCCUGGCGAUCUGAGCUCCAGCAGCUCCCGGCCCACCCCUUGCUCAGGAGAGCACUGCGGCGAGGCUGAGGGACAGACCGACCCACAGACGCCGCUGGGACAGAUCGUGGGGGGCUGAUGGCCGCUCAGGGCGAGCCCUGCGUCGGGUCCGGGGUGUGGAACCAGACUGAGCCGGAACCUGCUGCCUCCGGCCUGCUGAGCCUGUGCUUUCUGAAGGCAACAGGGGUCUGGGUGCCCCCUCUGUACCUCUGGGUCCUUGGCCCCUUCUACCUCCUCUACAUUCACCGCCAUGGCCGGGGCUAUCUCCGGAUGUCCCCCCUCUUCAAAGCCAAAAUGGUGCUUGGGUUCGCCCUCAUCCUCCUGUGCACCUUCAGCGUGGCUGUGCCUCUGUGGAGAAUCCAGCAGGGGGAGCCCCAGGCCCCGGAAGUCCUCAUUCAUCCUACAGUCUGGCUCACCACCAUGAGCUUUGCCAUGUUCCUGGUGCACGUGGAGAGGAGGAAGGGUGUCCAGGCAUCCGGGGUGCUAUUUGGGUACUGGCUGCUCUGCUGUCUCUUGCCAGCUACCAGCACUGCCCAGCAGGCCUCGAGCGGGGACUUCCAGCGUGACCCCCUGCGCCACCUGUCCACUUACCUGAGUCUGUCGCUGGUCGUGGCUGAGUUUGUGCUGUCCUGCCUGGUGGAUCGGCCCCCCUUCUUCCAAAAAGACUGCCAGCAGGCUAAUCCAUGUCCGGAGGCUGGGGCCUGCUUCCCCUCCCGGGCCACGUUCUGGUGGGCUUCUGGGCUACUCUGGAGGGGCUACAGGAAGCUACUGAGACCAAAAGACCUGUGGUCUCUUGAGCCAGAAAACUCCUCAGAAGAACUCGUUUCCCAGCUGGAAAGGGAGUGGAUAAGGAGCCACAGUGCAGCCCAGGGGUGCGCCGCGUUGUUCAAAGGCCGGGAUCGCGGGAGCCCGGCAGCGGUGUUCCGAGGCUCCUUCCUCCUGGGCACGCUCUGCCUCCUCCUCGCCGACGCCUUCCGGUUCGCGGUCCCCAAGCUCCUCAGCCUGUUCCUGGAGUUCAUGGGCGACCCGCGGUCCCCCGCCUGGCAGGGCUCGCUGCUGGCGGUGCUGAUGCUGCUCUCGGCGGGCCUGCAGACGCUGUUGGAACAGCAGCACAUGUACCGGCUCAAGGUGCUGCAGAUGCGGUUGCGCACGGCCAUGACGGGCCUGCUGUGCCGGAAGGUCCUGGUUCUGUCCCAAGGCGCCAAGAAGGCCAGCGCGGUGGGCGAUGUGGUGAACCUGCUCUCCGUGGACGUGCAGCGGCUCAGCGAGAGCGUCCUCUACCUCAACGGACUCUGGCUGCCGCUGCUCUGGAUCACCAUCUGCUUCGUCUACCUGUGGCAGCUCCUAGGUCCCUCUGCCCUCACCGCCAUCGCUGUCUUCCUGGGCCUCCUUCCUCUGAAUUUCUUCAUCUCCAAAAAGAGGAGCCACCGUCAGGAGGAGCAGAUGAGGCAGAAGGACUCGCGUGCGCGGCUCACCAGCGCCAUCCUGCGGACCAUGAGAACCAUCAAGUCCCACGGCUGGGAGGAAGUCUUCCUAGACAGGGUCCUGCGCAUCCGCGGCCGGGAGCUGGGCACCUUGAGGACCUCCAGCCUCCUUUUCUCCGUGUCCCUGGUGUCCUUUCAAGUGUCCACGUUUCUGGUGGCACUGGUGGUGUUUGCAGUCCACACCCUGGUGGCUGAGGAGAACGCGAUGGAUGCAGAGAAAGCGUUCGUGACGCUCACGGUGCUCGGCAUCCUCAACAAGGCCCAGGCCUUCCUGCCCUUCUGCACCCACUGCCUCAUCCAGGCCCGGGUGUCCUUUGAUCGCUUGGCCGCCUUCCUGUACCUGGAGGAAGUUGACCCUGGCACCGUGGACUCCAGUCCCUCCCCAUGCCCCCCUGGGAAGGACUGCAUCGCCAUACAGGACGGCACCUUCUCGUGGUCCCAGGAGAGCCCUCCCUGCCUGCACAGGAUCAACCUCACUGUGCCCCAGGGCUGUCUGCUGGCUGUUGUGGGCCCAGUGGGGGCAGGGAAGUCCUCUCUGCUCUCCGCCCUCCUCGGGGAGCUUUCAAAGCUAGAAGGGUCCGUGAGCAUCCAGGGUCCAGUGGCUUACGUGCCGCAGGAGGCCUGGGUCCAGAACAGCUCGGUGGUGGAGAACGUGUGCUUCCGGCAGGAGCUGGACCUUUCCUGGCUGGAGACGGUGCUGGAGGCCUGUGCCCUGGGCUCAGAUGUGGACAGCUUUCCUGCGGGCAUUCACACCCUAAUUGGGGAGCAGGGCAUGAGCCUCUCUGGGGGCCAGAAGCAGCGGCUGAGCCUGGCCCGGGCCGUGCACAGAAAGGCUGCCGUGUACCUGCUGGAUGAUCCCCUCGCAGCCCUGGACGCCCACGUGGGGCAGCAUGUCUUCAACCAGGUCAUCGGGCCCCAUGGGCUGCUCCAGCAGACGACUCGGAUCCUCGUGACCCAUGCGCUCCACGUCCUGCCCCAGGCCGAUCAGAUUGUGGUGCUGGUAGAUGGCAGCAUCGCAGAGAUGGGCUCCUACCAGGAGCUGCUGCACAGGAAGGGCGCGCUGGUGGCCCUGCUGGAGGGAGCCGGACAGCCCGGCGGUGGAGGAGACAGAGAAGCAGAACCUGUGGCCAGCGCCAGUGACCCUGGAGGUAGGAGGCCGGAACACAGAUCAGGGAGGUCCACAAAGUCACCCCCUACAAGGGACGAUGUCAUCUCAGAAGCCCAGAUGGCCGCUCCUCUAGAUGAUCCCAGCGGGGCUGGACAGCCAGUCGGAGCGGGCAGUGCGCGGUGUGGCCGGGUGAAGGCCGCCGUGUACCUGAGCUACCUGCAAGCCAUGGGCAUCCCCCUCUGUACCUAUACGCUGUUCCUCUUCCUGUGCCAGCAAGUGGCCUCCUUCUGCCGGGGCUACUGGCUGAGCCUGUGGGCGGAUGACCCAGUUGUGGACGGCCAGCAGAUGCAGACGGCCCUGCGGGGCUGGGUCUUUGGGCUCCUCGGCUGUCUCCAAGCCAUUGGGCUCUUUGCCUCCAUGGCCGCAGUGUUCCUGGGUGGGGUCCAGGCAUCCAGCCUGCUCUUCCGGAGGCUCCUGUGGGAUGUGGCACGGUCUCCCAUUGGCUUCUUUGAGCGGACACCUGUCGGGAACCUGCUGAACCACUUCUCCAAGGAGAUGGACACGGUGGAUGUGGAAAUCCCAGACAAGCUCCAGGCCCUGCUGACUUACGCCUUCGGACUCCUGGAGGUUUGCCUGGCAGUGAUGACAGCCACACCACUGGCCAUCGUGGCCAUCCUGCCACUGAUGCUCCUUUAUGCUGGGUUUCAGAGCCUGUACGUGGCCACUUCAUGCCAGCUGAGACGCAUGGAGUCGGCCAGCUACUCGUCUGUGUGCUCCCACGUGGCCGAGAUGUUCCAGGGCAGCGCGGUGGUCAGGGCGUUCCAAGCCCAGGGCCACUUUGUGGCGCAGAGCGAUGCUCUCAUGGAUACGACCCAGAGGGUCAGUUUCCCACGCCUGGUGGCUGACAGAUGGCUCGCUGCCAACCUGGAGCUUCUGGGGAACGGCCUGGUGUUCGUGGCUGCCAUGUGUGCCGUGCUGAGCAAGGCCCACCUCAGUGCUGGCCUUGUAGGGUUCUCCGUCUCAGCUGCCCUGCAGGUGACCCAGACCCUGCAGUGGGUCGUUCGCAGCUGGACAGACCUGGAAAACAGCAUGGUGUCGGUGGAGCGGGUGCAGGACUACGCCCACACGCCCAAGGAGGCGCCCUGGACGCUGCCCACCUGUGCAGCCCGGCCCCCCUGGCCUCACGGGGGACAGAUCGAGUUCCGGAACUUUGGGCUGAGAUACUGGCCGGAGCUGCCGCUGGCUGUGCAGGGCGUGUCCUUCCAGGUGCAUGCAGGAGAGAAGGUUGGCAUCGUGGGCAGGACGGGGGCUGGGAAGUCCUCCCUGGCCGGGGGCCUGCUGCGGCUCCAGGAGGCAGCUGAGGGCGGCAUCUGGAUCGACGGGGUCCCCAUCGCCCAGGUGGGGCUGCACACGCUGCGGUCCAGGAUCACCACCAUCCCUCAGGAUCCCGUGCUGGUUCCUGGCUCACUGAGGAUGAACCUGGACCUGCAGCAGCAGCACUUGGAUGGUGCCCUCUGGGCGGCCUUGGAGAUGGUGCAGCUCAAGGCCUUCGUGGCCAGCCUGCCCGGCCAGCUGCAGCACGAGUGUGGGGAGCACGGCGAAGACCUGAGCGUGGGUCAGAAGCAGCUCCUGUGCCUGGCACGUGCCCUUCUCCGGAAAACCCAGAUCCUCAUCCUGGACGAGGCCAUGGCCGCAGUGGACCCGGGCACAGAGCUCCAGAUCCAGGCGGCCCUGAGGCACCAGUUCGCCCAGUGCACGGUGCUGCUCAUUGCCCACCGCCUGCGCUCGGUGAUGGACUGCGCCAGGGUGCUGGUCAUGGACAACGGGCAGGUGGUGGAAAGCGGCAGCCCAGCCCAGCUGCUGGGCCAGCAGGGACUGUUCUACAGGCUGGCCCAGGAGUCAGGUCUAGUCUGA